AUGAGACGAAAUCCUCAGACGCCAGGAACUCGCAUUCUGAUUGGCCGAAGCGAGAUUCUGCGCACAGCUCACUUAGAGCCCCCCCUCCUUUCUCUUUCAGAGAAAACUUUUUUUUCCCCGAUUCCACACAGCACAUUUAACGCUACAAACAUGUCUUCUGACGAAGCUAAUGAUGAUAUGCUCAUAAAGGAUGAUGUAGAAGAGACAAAUCAAGCAGACAUGGAUACUAGUCAACAGAAUGAUGUUGAUGCUGAGCCUAGCCAGCAAGAUGGAGAAACCCCUAUGGAGGAGACUGCUGAAGGAAAAGAGGAAAAUAAAGAAGAAAAAGAAGAAAAGAAGGAUGAAGAAGAUGAAAACACCUUAAAUCUGAGGAGACCAUAUCCCAAUCUGUUGACAAUUUCUCGACUCCGAUUGGAAGAUAUAAAGAUUGCUGUGUCAGAGCUCUCUCAAUUUUGGGAUGAUACCACAUGUUUGACAAUCCGUUAUAUAAAAGAAAAAACUGGAAAUAGAAAAGGAUUCAUGAGAAUGAAGUUUGCCUCUGAGGCUGAGGCUGAAGUUGUAUUCAACAAAUUGCCCAAAGAAAUAAAUGGUAAACCUUUUGUACGGGAUCCAACAGAAGGUAAAGAUGGCAAGGAUGGUGAUGGAAAAGGGAACAAGGAAGACUAUUCCCUGUAUGUCAACAACAUUCCACAAGGAGUCACAGUCGAGGAGGUUCAGGCGUUAUUCCCGUCAGCCCGGAAUGUGGUGAUCCCACUUAAUGAGGAAGAUCAGAAUCAGGGGUAUGCAAUUGUGGAGUGCCACUCUCUUCAAGAUGCUGAAACUAUUAUUUCUGAAAAUAAGGAGCUUAAGCUGAAGGAAAACGUUUUGACAUUUGAUCUGAUCUCUCAUACUGCUAAAGAUGAUGAUGAUAAGAAGUCUAGAAAAUCUCAAAACAAUCAACAGAACAAAAAAGGACGCUUCUCAAAUUUCCAAAAUCGUCGCAAUCAACAAGUCAACAAAAAAGGGAAAAGGCAACAGCAAAUGCAACAAAUGCAGCAGAGAAAACAGCGAUGGUCACCAGAUCGGCGACAACAAGGACGGAGAGGUCCUGGUCAAUUUAUGCAGAGAAAUAGAAUGGAUGGUGGCAACCGGAGACAGUUAAUGGAUGGAGGUAACUGGAAUCAUGGUGGUCAGAAUGUAACGGCUGCUCUUUCCCAAACCAGUGAACUUUUGAAAGGACUGACUAGUCUGUUAGGCCAGCAAUUACUGAAUCCUAACCAAAUGGGAGGACAAGGAAGUGGUCAAUAUGGCAAUCAGUCUUGGGGUCAAGUCUGGUAA